CACAGGGCUGAAUUGAAAGAGGAAGAGCAAGACAUUAAGGAGAGUAUCAACAAGAUGAGAGACAACCUUGAGCAGAACACGGCUGAAAUACAACAACAGAGACAUGAGGUAGACAGGGCAACGGGAGAAUUAAACAUCAAAAAGAAUGAACUGGAACUAAGCUCUAUAGAGGUGAAUAAACAGAGAGAUGAGAUGUCAAAGGAAAAGAUCCAGGUGGAGCAAGACAAACAAAAUAUUCAAGGUGAAAAGGUUGAACUGGAACGGAUCAAGACUGAGUUACAAGAAAGGUCAGAGAAUCUAGAUCAACUCAUGGACAUGACAAAACGAGAAAAGGAGGGCCUUGAAGAGAUUUAUGGCCAGAUUCAGAAGGAAAGAGAGGAUAUUACAAAACAAAUGGAAGAUGUCAAGAAUAGAACACUGGAUCUGGAGGCAAUGAAGGCUGAAAUUGAGUUAGAGAAACAAGGAAUCGAAGACAUCAAGAAGAUUCUAUCAAACGGGAGAGAAGAAAUUGAACGAGUCAAGAUUGAGAUGGAAGCAGAAAAGAAAAAUAUAAAGAACCUGAACAGAAAAAUGAAAGAAGAUAUGAAUGUGCUGGAAGAGAGGAAGGCUGAAAUGGAAAUAGAGAAAAAAGAAGCAGAAAAGCACAUGGCUGAAUUGAAAGAGGAAGAGCAAGACAUUAAGGAGAGUAUCAACAAGAUGAGAGACAACCUUGAGCAGAACACGGCUGAAAUACAACAACAGAGACAUGAGGUAGACAGGGCAAUGGGAGAAUUACACAUCAAAAAGAAUGAACUACAACUAAGCUCUAUAGAGGUGAAUAAACAGAGAGAUGAGAUGUCAAAUGAAAAGAUCCAGGUGGAGCAAGACAAACAAAAUAUUCGAGGUGAAAAGGUUGAACUGGAACGGAUCAAGACUGAGUUACAAGAAAAGUCAGAGAAUCUAGAUCAACUCAUGGACAUGACAAAACGAGAAAAGGACGGCCUUGAAGAGAUUUCUGGCCAGAUUCAGAAGGAAAGAGAGGAUAUUACAAAACAAAUGGAAGAUGUCAAGAAUAGAACACUGGAUCUGGAGGCAAUGAAAGCUGAAGUUGAGUCAGAGAAACAAGAAAUUGAAGACAUCAAGAAGAUGCUGUCAGAUGAAAGAGAUGACCUGAAACAGAUGAAGAUUGAGUUGGAAAGCCAACACCUACACAUUGACAACACCAAGGGUAGGAUUAAUAUGGCAAUGGAUGAGUUGGAAGAGAGGAAGACUGAAAUGGAAAAAGAGAAAAAAGAAGCAGAAAAGCACAGGGCUGAAUUGAAAGAGGAAGAGCAAGACAUUAAGGAGAGUAUCAACAAGAUGAGAGACAACCUUGAGCAGAACACGGCUGAAAUACAACAACAGAGAGAUGAGGUAGACAGGGCAAUGGGAGAAUUAAACAUCAAAAAGAAUGAACUGGAACUAAGCUCUAUAGAGGUGAAUAAACAGAGAGAUGAGAUGUCAAAGGAAAAGAUCCAGGUGGAGCAAGACAAACAAAAUAUUCAAGGUGAAAAGGUUGAACUGGAACGGAUCAAGACUGAGUUACAAGAAAGGUCAGAGAAUCUAGAUCAACUCAUGGACAUGACGCUGAAAUUGAGUUAG